AUGAAAUGGAUCUUUAACAAGUACCACUUGGCUUUCAGCUCGGAGGAGGCCUCCGUGCAAUUUUCUUCGGUCGUCCCGCAUCUGGGUUCAUCCGACAGCAGCCGCCUCCGCCAUGCCGCCCAAGAAGCACUGACAUUCAGUGACGUGGUUGUGAAGUUCACGUGGGAAGAAUGGGAGCUUCUGGACUCAGCUCAGAAGGCCCUGUACCAGGACGUGAUGUUGGAGAACUACAGAAACCUGGUGUCCGUCGGUGAGGACAGCUCUCCUGGCAUGAGCCUUUCCUCUCCCCGCUGCUGA